UUAACCACUGUUUGAGGAGCACGUUCUCCCUGCGCGACAGGUGAUAUUCCACCCAAACGCUCUAUGCCAAGGGCUCAAGAACCUUGUUCCUACAGCUACCAAGUGCUUUAAUUUGGAAAACCAAGUGAAUUCUGUUUGGGAACAUCGAUAGCAACAUGUUUUCACAACUAAACAUAUUUCACUGAACUGCUGACACCCCCCGUCUGAGCGCUCUAGAAAGGAAUACAUGAGAGAGAGGAGGAGAUAGAAACGCAUGGUGGUGAGAUAUCCUGUAUAGCUAAAGGUGGUCGUUUCAGUGCACUCCGGUGGACGGAGAAUUAUCACUGCUGCUGCCUGUCUCCGAUGAAUCAAGGUGGCUGGAACCUGUCAGGGGAAGACGAGGCUUCCUGGACUCAAAGAAAAAUGGCGGUGUAGCAGGGAAGAGCUCAAACCAAAAGCCAGUGAUUUACAUGGACUUGUUCAGCCUGGGUGUAACGAUGAAAUAAUCACCCCUCUAUCCACACAGACACAGAAUGGUGAGGGUGCAGAAUUCACCGCAACACUUCUUACCACACACCACUCCUGAGUGUGCCAUUGGACCAGCUGGGACGGACCAGACAGAACAGGGCAGAACAACUCCCAAUCACUCCAGAGUUCUCUCCAACAGGACAUUGUAAUCAAUCCCAAGGAAUGUUCUCCCUUGGCCAAGUUUUGAGUGAUACCCAGAAACCUUGCCUGAUUUUAAUUAAAGAAAAUACUCCUAAGAACCACUUACAAACAGAUGGGUAAUAAGAUGUGAGUUUAUUUGUGAAUGAAUAUGGAAUGUUAAGUGUUUGGCUGCCAAGAAUUCAUUGUUUCAGCCUCCUAAAUUGCUUCAGUGCCCUUAUCGGUUGGUUGAGGAGCUGGGUUCUAUAAUUAGAAAUCCCUGGGAAACAUGAGCACUGAGAGAGACUCGAGGACUCUGAUUUAGGUCAGAUUAACCCCAUCUAUGGACCUUGAGAUAAGAGAAUAACAUUGAACAGAUAUUACGUUCUCUUCAGGGCCGCACCUACAGUAUACAAAGAAUGAGGAUCUCCCCUGCUCCUGCUGCUCUUUCCUCCCUCCUUUUUGACCCCUUUCUUUAAAGGAGUUUAACAGAGACCCAUGGUACUUUACACUAAAGCAACACUUUGGCGGUAACGAAGAGCCAGCUAAGCACAUUGAGACGUGUACUAUAUUCUAUAAUGUGACAUAGAGACUCAUAGAUUUGGCCGGUGGUAACUUGUGGGAAAAGACACCGGUUGGAAUGUGGUUUUAACCAAUCAGCAUUCAGGAUUAGACCCAGCUGUUGUAUAAAAAAUGAUAUACACAAAGUCAGAUCUUAACUCUCAGUAGGAGAAACCCAAAAUUGAGGUAAACUGGACAAAAUGGACAACAUGGCUGCCAAUGGGACCAGCAACUACCCAGCAUACCCCACCGACUUCCCCUACAACUCCAGCCUAGACUAUGAGGACUACGACCAGGAACCUGACUCCAGCAAGAUCAUCAUCCCCUCCAUCUACGCCCUGGUCUGCUGCGUGGGUCUAACAGGCAACACCAUGGUUAUCUAUGUUAUCCUUAAGUACGCCAAGAUGAAAACCGCCACCAAUAUUUAUAUAUUGAAUCUGGCAAUUGCAGAUGAACUGUUUAUGUUGAGUGUGCCGUUUCUGGCGACCUCGGCGGCUGUACGUCAUUGGCCAUUUGGCUCGCUCAUGUGCCGUCUGGUGUUGAGCGUGGAUGGCAUUAACAUGUUUACGUCCAUCUUCUGUCUGACGGUGUUGAGCGUGGAUCGAUACGUGGCCGUGGUUCACCCUAUCAAGGCUGCCCGCUACCGCCGACCGACAGUUGCCAAAGUAGUCAACGUCUGCGUGUGGGGCCUCUCGCUCCUCGUCAUCCUCCCCAUUAUAAUUUUUGCCGACACGGUCCCGGCGCAGGACGGCGGUGUGGACUGCAACUUUCUGUGGCCUGAGGCAGCGUGGUCGGAGGCGUUCGUGGUCUACACCUUCCUGCUCGGCUUCCUGCUUCCUGUGGGCGCAAUCUGCCUCUGUUACUGCCUGAUGGUGGCGCGCAUGCGGGCGGUCGGGCUGAAAGCCGGUUGGCUGCAGCGGCGACGCUCUGAGAAAAAGAUCACACGGAUGGUGGUGUGUGUGGUGGCGGUUUUUGUCCUCUGCUGGAUGCCUUUCUACAUCGUCCAGCUGGUCAGCGUGUUCCACCACCCUCCCAACCCCAUGGUCACCCAACUCUUCGUCAUCCUAAGUUAUGCCAACAGCGGCGCCAACCCGAUCCUCUAUGGCUUUGUGUCGGAUAACUUCCGCCGGUCGUUCCAGAGGAUUGUGUGUUUCCGUUGGUUGGAGUCUGGGCUGGACUGUGAACAGGUGGACUACCGUGCUGUAGCCCUGAAGAGACAGGCCACCAAUGGACAAAAAGACUUCCCUAAAGAGUGUCUGGCAUCUGAUAUGGUGUUCCGGAAUGGAACAUAUACCUCACGCACUACUACAUUGUGACAGGGACAAGGUGUUGUGGAUGGAACCCCACACUGAGAGUGAUAGGGAAGCAACGAAUGACAAUGAAUAAAACCACACAUGAACAAUGACGGAGGCCAGUUUUGAUAAGGACCAAUUCAAAAUAUGAAAUAAAUGUAUGUUCUCUC